AUGGGUGACAUCGUAGAUAAUAUAACUGAUAUUAAGAGCUCUAACGCUGCGAGUAGCGUUACCUCACCAGUAGCUGUAGUUAGUUUAAGUGGUCCAGCAGAUGCUAGCAAACAACCGCCAAGCGUGGAAGAACACUCGAAUGAUAAAUCAUCGGUGCAUGCAGUAGCUGCUGAGAUGACGACUACACAAAAGGAUGCGGUAUCAGAUACGGAUAUAGCAGGAGAUGGUACUAUAGUGUGCGACGUUGACAUUCAAGCGCCUUCCAAGAGUAACGAACUCGAGAAAGAACCAGUAGCAGGUGUACCAAGUUCAACUACAUCAGCCUCAACAGCUAGUGAAGCAGAAUCACAACCACAAACAAACACUGAGGCGGCCACAGACGCUGUGCAAAUAAUGGACAAUGGCACUACAGGAGUUAUACCUGCAGGCACACGCAUGGUUGCCAGAAGUAGGUUUCUGGUGGAUCCUACAAAAGUCCUGGAACACAAUGCUUGGGAUGAUGUGGAGUGGGAUAAGGACCACUUCGAGUAUGCGCGGAAGCGUGUGGCUGAGCAGGCAUUGCACCCGGUGGAUGAAGAGGCCAAAGGUAUGUGA